AUGUCCUCAUCUUCUUCUCAGAUGAUAGUCAAUGGCUUCGUCCAAAGGAAAUUACUAUUGAAACAAGACCCCCGAGAGUAUGUGAAAACUUACCUGAAGGAGAAAAACAACCUGAAAGAGAACACCAACCUGAGAGUGAAAACCAACCUGAAAGUGAAAACCAACCUGAAAGUGAAAACCAACCUGAAAGAGACAACCAACCUGAAAAUGUUGACAAUCUAUCUGAAAGUAACAACCUACAUGAGAGUGAAAUGUUACCUGGAGGUGACAUCAAACCUAAAAUUGUCAAUCUACCUGAAACAGAAACAGCAGAACAUGUUGAAGAAUCAGGCCCUGUGA